AAGAAGAAAAAAAUAAAAAUAAUAAAAAUAAAAGAAAAUAAAGACAAGAAGAAAUUACGAGGAAGAGUAAAAAACAAGAAAGAAAAGAGAGCAAAUUAGAGAAAGUGAGAGAGUGAGAUAAAAAGUGAGUUAGUGAAAGAAAAAACAAGAAAAAGAGAGAAAAUUAGAGAUAGAGAGAGAAAAAAAAAUGUGUGAGCGAGAGAGAAAGAGACGUGAAAAAGAAAGAAAGUAAGAAAGAAAGAGAGAGAGAUAGUGAGAGAAAAUAAAGAAAAUAAAUAAAUAUCUAAAAAGAGGAAAAAGAAGAGGAAGAAGAGGAAAAUGAACACACCCACAAGAGGAAGAAGAGGAGGAGGAGGAGGGGGGGUGAUGAGGGGGGUGGGGGAGGGGGUGCUGAUGAUGGUGAUGAUGGUGGUGGUAUUGGCCCCCCUCCUGCCCCCCACCGCCGCCUUUUCCUUCCCCGACACCCUCCCCCCCAUCCCAGACGCCCCCCCACCGCCCCCCUCCACCGCCGGGGUCAUGACGGAGCCCCCGCCCCCCCGCCCCUCCGAGCUGAGGAUGAGGCCCAAGGAAUGCCCCCUCUACGUACUGGGGGAGCUACGGGCCAUCAAGAAGCAUGGGGAGACGUGGCUGAACGAUGGGAGCGCCUGUGAGCUGUGCAAGUGUGUCGAGGGAGUUAAGAGAUGUUACUACCACUACUGUAACGUGGGUACCGAGGUGGUGACCAACCCUCCCGCGGGCCGCCCCCCCCUGGACGACGAGGACGGGGGGGACUGGGGCGAGGAGGGGGAGGAGGGGUCGGGGAGGCCGCCCCCCCCGCCCCCUCACUACGAUGACGACUUGAAAGGGUUCAGGAAAGGCCUGGGGGACCUGCGAACGAAAUCAGGCGACAACGACACUCGCCCCCCGGGGUUCUGCGGCCACUACUGCUACAAAGCGUGUCCCUGGGGCUUCAAGAUGCACCCGCUGAGGCACUGCCGUCAAUGUGCCUGCCGCCCCCGCUGCCCCAGUGUCGCUAAGUGCCCCCUGCGCUGCCCCGAGGGACUGGCCAAGGACUCCCAGGGCUGCCACGUGUGUCAGUGCCGCGGGGAGCCCCUUGGGGAACGAAAGGCUGACCCGGAGUGUAAGGAAAAUGGCGUGCGCGGGUGCUUGGAUGGAACACGCACACGACAGGUCGGCGACGUGUGGGCGCGGGGGUCGUGCGUGUCGUGUCGUUGCGUGGCCGACGGCUACACGGAAUGCAACGUGACGCAUUGCCCCGCCCCCGCCCCGCCCUGCCCCCCCAACCGACCCCCGCCGCACCCCCACCACCCCUGCUGCCCCCCGUGCCAAGAGUCAUCAUCAUCAGCGGGCGUGGAGGGCGAGGUCAGCGUGGGGCAUGCGGAGGUCAGCGUGGAGUCCGCCUGGGAGCGUCAGGUGACCUACGCCCAGCCCCGCACGCCACCCUCCCCCGGGGCGGCCACGGGCGACGGCGCUGUCAAAAGUGCCAUGCAGGCCACGGGGGUGCAGUGGUGGCAGGUGUGGGUGGUGACGGUGCCCCUGGCCGUGCUGUGCGUGCUGGCGGGGGUCUGCGGCGUAAAGCAUUGGCGCCGGACCCACCAGGACAAGUAUGACAUCAACGCCUACCGCCCCUCGCCCCUCACCGAGAAGCUGCGCCCCGUUACCACCGCCGAGGACCGCCAUCUUAAGACGCCGAUCAUGUAGGGCGAGGAGGAGAGGGACAGGUUUACGGAGAUUGAUAUAGGUUGACGAAGGAGGAUACAGAAGUGGAUGUCGGGAAAGAGGAGGGAGAUGAAGAGGAGGGAGAAAAAGGAAAGGGAGGAAAGGAAGGAGAAGGAGAAUAUAGAAGUGGAAUAAGAGGAAAAGAGGAGGAGGGAGAUGAAGAAGAGGAGGAGGAAGAAGUAGAAAGUGGAGGAAAGGAAUGAGAAGGAAAAUGAAGAGGAAGAAAAAGUGGAUAUGGAUGGAGAGAGAGAGAGAGAGAGAGAGAGAGAGAGAGAGAGAGAGAGAGAGAGAGAGAGAGAGAGAGAGAGAGAGAGAGAGUUAUAAUUGAUUUUCAGUGUGAUUUUCUUUUAUAUUCUAAUAGUGGUUGUAGUAGUAGUAGUAGUAGUAGUAUAUAUCAUUCUUUCAUAUAGUAUUGUGUGUGUGUGUGUAUGUGUGUGUGUGUGUGUGUGUGUGUGUGUGUGUA